GAUCCGCUGCGGCUGCUCGGCACGAGCUCUCCCAAGUCCUGGCGCCAGCGACUUGAGGCGCUGGAAGCCAUCCAAGGGCCAGAUGCAGACGGUGUCCACGGCCAGUUGCUGUGGCCACAGCUGGUACUUCAGGCAGAGGAUGACCAUCCGGCUGUGGCUGCGGCAUCGCUGCGCUGUCUCGCACGCCUGGCGCCCCUCCUGUCUGCACCAGGGGAUCACUUGCUUGCUCGCCUCGCAUGGGCCGUGAAGGCCCGCGCGAAGGGUCGUCUGCGGGACCAAGAGGCUGUCCGGGUGCUGCUGGGCGCCACGGCAAGGUGCCCCCGUGCAGUCGGGGGCCCAGCCGGCCUGGGUGCCUUCUUGGGCCUGGCCCUUGGCCUCCAAAAGGACCGUGCGAAAGAAGUGGUGCUGGAGCUGAUGGCAGAAAGGCACCAGCCUGCUGGUGCUGCAGGCUGUUUACCAGCGCCUCUUGAGGCCUUGCUGCAGGAUUUGGGGAAGCUGCGGCCGCCAGAGAUCCGACGCGGAGGGCUGACCCUGAGCGAGAGCCCGGUCCGCAAACGGGUACUCUGCUUGGGCAGCCCCGAGUUCUGCCGGCAGAGCCCCAGGAUCUCUCCUGUGCAGAAAGCCACACCUUCCACAACCUCACCGGGGGCAUUCCUAUCCUUUGCUGAGGCCCUGCCGGAUCCUGACUCGGUUCCGCCUCUCUGCCGGUACGCAUCGCCGGUGAAGCCUUGGAAGCAGGUCCGCCACUGGGAGGCUCGCACGCCGGACACUACCCGAGGCAGCGCCACCUCGCUGGGGCCCUCGCUUCCAUCGGAGUCGCGGCUGCUGAGCCUCUCUCAGGCUCCCACGCCUGAAUAUCUCGGCGGGACACAAAGUACGGUGAUGGGCACAUCCCCGGAAGACCAGGAAGAGCCAAUCAGCCCGGAGGCUCCGAGGAAAGAGUCGAAAGACGAGGCAGAGUCCGACGAAGACAAGGACGACACCACAGAGGUUGAGGAGGAGGAGGAGGAGGUCCGGGAGUCGCUGGAGUCCUUCUUGAACCGGCUUGCAGCAGAGACACCGCAGGACCUGGCCAAAGCCUUGGCGAACACCUGGUCUGACGAGGCCGCACGUGUGGUUGACACCCUGUUCAGCCUGCUGCUGCCCACGUCAGGAGCCAGCAGCACAAAGACGGCAGAGCUCCUGCAAAGCUUCGUCGAGGAGCUCGUCUCUACCGACAAACACCUCAAAGACUUGGAUCUUCCUUCUUUGCCGAUGGUCGCCGAAGCUGCAUCGGCUGGGCGACUUGGCGCUGCGCUUCCAGCAUUGCGCCGUGCGUUGGAGCCGCUGCUCAGGCACCUGUCUCCAGGAGCCGUUCCAGAAAGUUGCUGGACACAGCUACGACGAAUUCUGGCGGAGAGGCCCGCGCAGAUGGGCGAGGAUUCUACAGAGGCUGUCAAGGAGGAGAUGCAGGUGCCUGCUGCUGAGCUGGCCGAGCUCUCUGCAACUUUCCAGAAGCUGCACAGGAUUACCACCGAGCUCUCCCGGCCGGUCCAGAACAUGGAUGAGGUCUUGCUGCCACUGCGACAGGCAGCGCAGAUACUGUUGCGACCACAGGCCCAUGGCCCAAUCCGCGGCUUCCUUCGCCGGCUCCGCCUGCGCCGCGGUGCCAAGGAAAACAUGGUGCCACAGUCCAAGACUGGAAGACUUCAAAAGCCGCCAGCAGAUGACUAUGCAUGUGCUCGCGAACAAGCUGCCGAUGAGGGCUUGGUAGGUGCCUUCCCUUCUUCGCUCUUUGGGCCUCUGCGUCGGCUCCUGGGUGGCCCGGCGCCAGUGCAGCGUGGAGCUGCCGAGGCAGUGACUGCUUGCGCCCGCGCAUGCGGCGCUCCUCUCCUUCGUGGGCUCUUGGGCCUCGCACCCCUGCUGUUGAAAGUCGCGUCCUUCAGAGGACCCGCACAAGGCGCGGCGCGUGCGGCGCUGGCUGAGAUGAGCAGCCAGAGCUGGAGCGGUUUUCGGGCCACCUGGCGGGCGCUGAUGCAGGCCAUCUUGGCCUCCAGCGGCAGCCGAAGGUCACCGGGUCUUUCGGGCAUGGUCGACCAGGGCUCAGGGCAGCUCUUGGAAGUCUUCCGGGCCCUGGAGGAGGUUUGGCCACAGCUCUCCGAGACCAGUGAUGAUGCGGCGGCUCGGCAGGACGAGAACGUUUCGCAGCUGAUGCACAUGCUGCUCAUUGGGGUGUCGUCGCUAUCCUGCAGGCGUUUCGCAGCUGAUGCUGAUGAUGCUCGGAUAGGACGAGAAGGUUUGCCGGCUGAUGCUGAUGAUGCUCGGGUAGAGGACGAGAACGUUUGCCAGCUGAUGCUCAUGAUGCUCAUGCGGGGUGUCGUUGUGCUGGAGACGUUUCCCAGCUGUGAUGCUGAUGACGCUCGGUCAGGUGGCUUUUUCACUGAUGCACAAGCUGCCCGCACGUGCUCAGGACGAGAACGUCUCCCAGCUGACGCUCAUGAUGCUCACGUUAGGUGUCGGUAUGCUGGAGGCGUUUGCCAGCUGAUGCUGAUGAUGCUUGGGCUGGUGUGUUUGUUUCCUGCUGAGCGUGUGAGCUAUUGA